AUGUUUGUUUCACCACCUCCAGCAACAGCGAGGAACCAAGUACUGGGGAAGAGAAAGUCAAAGAGGCAUGAUGGAAAUUCAAAGUGUGUGCAACCAGGCGCUGACGCAGAAACUGGCAAAUGCAUUUCUUAUUUUGGGUCCAACAACAAUCCUUCACAUUUUGGUCAAGAGAUGAACACACCAAAUCAUUAUAGUCUAAACUCCAAUUCGGGGAAUGGUAGAAGUAACAAUAAUUUUGUUAGUACACCACCAGAGUAUGCAGAUAGAGCAAGGAUAGAGAUUCGAAAAAGACUACUUCCAUCUGCAGGAAAUAAAACCAUGGAUGCAAGCAAUGCCUUUCCAGAAAGUGCGGAUAUACAACAGAUAGCCACUCCAGACAGUCAAAGUUUUGUUUCGGAUCAUGCAUCUUCGUACGAAUCCAGUAUAUUCUCACACCCAUCCACUGUGCUAACACAUGUCACCACAGACAGUUCAUCAAUUGAUAUAAAGACGCCGAAGUUCGUCACCGAGAUAACACUUGAGGACGCUUUGCCUAAGACGUUUUAUGAUAUGUAUUCUCCUGAAGUGCUUAUGUGUGAUCCUGCUAAUAUUCUCUACAACGGACGUCCCAAUUUUACAAAGCGUGAGUUGCUAGAUUGGGACCUAAAUGAUAUACGAUCUCUGCUGAUAGUGGAGCAAUUGCGGCCUGAAUGGGGAUCUCGAUUACCAACUGUAGUGUCCUCUGGCAUUAAUUUACCACAGUUCAGAUUGCAACUGCUUCCUCUAUGUUCCAGCGAUGAGUUUAUAAUUGCAACAUUGGUUAAUUCAGAUUUGUACGUAGAGGCAAAUUUAGACCGCAAUUUCAAGCUAACAAGUGCAAAGUAUACGGUGGCAUCAGCAAGAAAAAGGCAUGAGGAAAUGUCAGGAUUCAAUGAGCCUAUCAUGCGCUUAUCUAAGCCUGAAUGGAGAAACAUAAUCGAGAACUAUUUGUUGAACGUUGCCGUUGAGGCCCAAUGCAGAUACGACUUCAAGCAAAAACGGUCUGAAUACAAGAGAUGGAAAUUGCUAAAUUCAAACUUGAAAAGGCCCGAUAUGCCUCCUCCAAGCCUCAUACCCCAUGGUUUCCAGACGCACGAAUGUUCCAACUCAGGUAACCUUUUGAAAAAGGCUUUGAUGAAGAAUUUGCAAUUGAAAAACUACAAGAAUGAUGCCAAGACAUUAGGUGCUGGUACACAAAAAAAUGUCGUUAAUAAGGUGUCACUGACCUCGGAAGAGAGGGCAGCUAUCUGGUUACAAUGCCAAACCCAAGUCUAUCAAAGACUAGGUCUAGAUUGGAAACCCGACGGAAUGUCAUAA